AUGAUAAAGUGGGGUAGAAGAAAAAACCCUUCUUCAGCUUCUUCUUCUUCUGGCUCUUCUUUCAUUUCUCAUGCAUCUCCUUUUUCUUGGUUGUCCAAGUUCAAGCGCAUGAGGAUCAAUUCUGAGCCAAACAGAGGAAAACUUAUCAAACAGAAGGCAAAGCAGAAUUCAUCUGUAGGUUCACCACAGUAUUCUUGUGAUUAUGGAGAAAGGUUUUGUGUAGGGGAUGAUGCUGGUGCUUUCUGUAGACAAUCAUUUAAUGAAGAGAGUUAUGAGGAUAAGAAAAAUAGAGAUAUUGAAAAGAGUGUGAUUCCAUCCUAUGGUGGUAGAAGGAAUGAUAAGAAACAUGGAAGAAGAGAAGGGACCCUCAAGUUGAGGGAGAAUGAUAUUAUUCUAGGAGAAGAAAGGAAGUUGAUGAAUGAUAGGAAGGUUUCAGUGGAUAUGGAUGAGUACAGUCGGGAAAAGGAAUAUGAAAACUUAAGGAGGAGAUUUGAGAGGAAAGCACAAAAAGUUUUUGAAGAGCAUCUCUUGUCAUUGGAAAGAGAAGUAGAGGAAGUUGAAUUUGGAUCCAAUAAAGCAGUAGAAAAAGAUGUGCUGCAAUUUGAAUCACCAAGCACUAUUUGCACACCAAGAACACAUUCUUUUGCCUCUUCUGCAGCUUUGAGGUAUUCUAUCCUUAGAAAUAAUAUUAUAGAAAAAAUUGAGAAAAGUGACAGGUUAUCUCAGAAGAAAAUUGGUUCUAAGAGGCACAACAUGAAACAAAUUGAGGAGUUGAAGGUAAAGACUAACAGACAAAGGCAAACACUUCAUGUCAGCGGAGAACUUCAGAGGAGGAAACCAAAGCAAAGCUCCAAGGUGAGGAUAUAUUCUCCAAGGAUGGUUUCCAAAGUUGAAAUAUGCAAAAUAAAGGCUCUAGAAGAUAUGAGGAAAGCAAAAUUAAAGAUGAAGAAAGGAAGGGAUGAAAUUGUGGAGGAUAAACCAGGAUUAGAUAACUUUGCUGUUGUUAAAUGUUCAUUAGAUCCAAAGCAAGAUUUCAGAGAUUCAAUGAUUGAGAUGAUCACAGAAAAUCAGAUUAGCAGGCCAGAAGAAAUGGAGGAACUGUUGGCAUGUUAUCUGACUUUGAAUGCUGAUGAGUAUCAUGAUCUCAUCAUCAAAGUAUUCAGGCAGGUGUGGUUUGACAUGAGCCAUGGUAGUUUGGAUAUUAAAUCAGACAUUCAAUGUUGUUCCUAUGAAUAA